CCCUCUUCAGAGAUGGCGUCACCUGUCAGUCGCAGUGAAAUUCUUGACCGGCUUCGCCGUCAAAUUCAAGACGGGAAGCCCAUCAUCGGAGCCGGAGCCGGAAUCGGACUGUCGGCCAAAGCGGCGGAGGCGGGCGGCAUCGACCUGAUCAUCGUGUACAACAGCGGGCGGUUCCGGAUGGCCGGGUGCGGCAGCCUGGCGGGGCUGAUGCCGUACAGCAACGCCAACGCGACGGUGGAGGAGAUGGCGGCGGAGGUGCUGGGGGCGGUGCGGCGGACGACGCCGGUGAUCGCGGGGGUGUGCGGCACCGACCCGUUCAUGGACGGGCCGCGGUUCCUGGCCCGGCUGGAGGCGCUCGGCUACGCGGGGGUGCAGAACUUCCCGACGGUGGGGCUGAUCGAUGGGCGGUUCCGCGCCCACCUCGAGGCGACGGGCAUGGGGUACGGCCGGGAGGUGGCGCUCGUGCGCUGCGCCGCCGCGCGCGGCCUCCUGACCACCCCCUACGUCUUCACCCCGGCCGACGCCGAGGCCAUGGCCGACGCCGGCGCCGACAUCCUCGUCGCCCACAUGGGGCUGACCACCGCCGGGGCCGUCGGCGCCCGCUCCGCCAAGACGCGGGACCAGUGCGUCGCCGAGAUCCAGGCCAUCCGCGACGCCGCCGUGCGCCGCCGCCCGGACAUCCUCGUCCUGUGCCACGGCGGCCCCAUCGCCACGCCCGCCGACGCCCGCUUCGUCCUGGAGCGCGUGCGCGGCUUGCAUGGCUUCUACGGCGCCAGUGCCAUGGAGCGCCUCCCCGUCGAACGCGCCAUCCAGGAGACCACCGCCCAGUUCAAAAAUCUCGCCCUGCCAUCCUAAAAAAGAAAACACCGUCCCGUCCGGCAGCAAUCUACCUUCCCCUGCAAUGGCUGGAACUCUUGUGGGCUGAGUUAUUCAAGGAUCCGGGUUCCUCUCCAAUCUGCGAGCGAAGCUCCGGGUCGAUCAGAGGCUGACCACAUAUCG